GUGUUAAAGAGAUUGGUAAAGACAUCGCUUCGAUCGGCUCUGUUUCUAUCGCUCUAUAUGAGUGUGGCAUUUGGAGUGCCUUGUGGACUUCGCCGGCUGUUCAGGACAGAGGGACGGUGGAUUUAUGCAGUGAGCGGACUUGCGGCCGGAAGUAUGUCUGUUGUUGAAGCCAAGGGACGACAGCUAGAAUUGGGACUGUAUUUCCUUCCAAGAGCUAUGGAGGCUUUGUGGCAGAUGAUGGCCAAACGUGGGUAUGUAACCCGGGUUCCAUAUGGGGAGGUUGUGCUGUUUAUGGGAUCAGUGGGAACUCUUAUGACGCUAUAUCAGACCGACAAGAGCUCUGUUGGAUCAACGUACCUUGGGACAAUGUUUCGAUUCUUUGGAGAAAACUAG